UCCGAAGUGAAAAUAAAUCUCGAGAUCUGAAGUUUCGGUCAUUAGCCUUCAACUGCGCUAGUAGUGAAAAUAAGCUAUGUUUGGUUUCGGCCAAGAUAACACUUCUCGCCAUAACUCCACAAAACCCUUGGCACCAGUUUCAUAUCAGAAACACAGUUUAGUAUCCGCUACGAGAAAUAUGAAUUCCAGCAAGAGAAGAUCACCGCCACCCCCAAGGCUGGACUUCAGCUGUGUUUCAAAAGAUUCUGAAGAUUGCGACAAAGAUGACACAAGCCUGACGACGGCCCCAACACCAACAUCUCGUACCACCAGAACAUCUGAAAGUCCACGAACACGGACACCUACCACAACUACGCGACCACCGACACCUACUGUAGCUGUAACACCUAUACGGCCGCCAACACCUACCGUGACCCUUACAACUGAGCGACCACCGACACCUACUGUAACUGUUACACCUACGCGACCAUUAACACCCACAAUAACCUUCACACAAUCCCUUCCUCAGACGACAAGCUUUCUAGGUGCAAGUUCAUCCGUAUUGUCUACCAAUACGCCACCUAUAGACCAGGCGAAUGUAAACACGAACGGGGUUUCAGACUCGGGCACGGUUGUCAUUGGCGCCGCCGGGGGCUUAGGUAAGACCAGGGUUCUGCUCCGUGCAAUGCACCGCUAAUUACGCAUCGACAGCUGGAAUUUCAAUACUUGUGACUGGAGCAUUUGUCUUCUUGCGCCGAAGAAAGAAGAAGCGAAUUCAAAAAGGUAAUACACUUUUCCUUGUUUCAA